AAAUCUGAAUCAAAAAUAUUAAAAUUUUCUCCAGAGCUAACAAAUACUUUAACUGAUUCAGAACUCUUGAAAAAUAUUCAUUAUAAAGAAUUAUUCCACUCACCUAUUCAACUCUUUUCAAAGAAUGACUCUCAAACUGUUCUAAAAACUGUUCAAGAUUCCCUUGAUUCCCCCUCAAUUCAAAAUAGAUUGAUUUUACUAGGUGAAAAGGGUUUAGGCAAAUCAACUUUGCUAUCUCAGGUUUUCGCUUAUGCUAUCUCAAAUAACAGUGUCAUCCUCCCAAUUUCAAAACCAGAACCUUUAAUUCAAGGUGAUUCUGAUUAUAAUUAUAUCAAAGAUAGAAAAUUUUAUUCUCAGCCAAUGUACCUUAAAAAGUUCUUUAGAAAAAUUCUUAAAAUUAACCAUUAUUCCAAAAUAUUUCAACAAAUUGUAUUAUCCAAUGAUUACUUACUAGGUGAUGCUGUAAAAUUCGGUCAAUUUGUUAAAUUUCCAACAGGAAAGGCAAAUCUUUUACAAUUGAUAGAAUUUGCUGCCUCUGCAAAAAUCUCAGCUCUUGAUAGGUAUAAAGCCUUUGAAGCCCUCAUAAGUGAACUAAAUAAUCAAGACCAAUUCCCUGUUUUCAUUCUCGUUGAUAACUUCAAUUACAUAACAAACAAUCCGAUAACAAUGUACAGAUCUCCUGAUAAUGUUCCACUUAAAUUUACUGAAUUCCAACUUGGCAGUUUCUUGAAAAAUUACAUUUCUGGAGACAAAUCAUUCCCCAAAGGUGGUGUCUUUUUAGCUACAUCCUCCGAUUACCAAACUACCCAAACUCUCUCUGUUGGUUUAGAUUUACAACAAAACAAUCCCUAUGCAUCCAAAAAAGACUUUGAUCUUGAAUGGGCUGAAAUCUUAAGAAGAAAUGGAGGUAUCAAACCCUACAAUCUUAAAGGAUUCUCAUACAAUGAGACU